AUGUGGUUUGCCUUAAAGAUUAUUUUCUUGAUAAUGGUACUCUAUGGUGCAUUCUCUAAAACCCCAACAGAUCUUACAGGCAAAGUUUUUACCUUCCCAUCACAGUCUAAUACUGGAUAUGCAACGCUCACGCCUGAUGUGGAGGGACCUUAUUCAGCUCUGACACUCUGCCUGAGAUCCUUCCCUGAGUAUGGAAGAAUAAAUUCUCACUUCUCCAUGGCCACACCAUCACACGACAAUGCUUUUUUGCUGUAUCAACCAGAAAAAGGAAGAUAUCAAGUGCAUGUCAAUAACAAGUUUUAUGACUUCCAGGGGAUGCCAGACAAUCAAAAAGAAAGGAAUUCGGUCUGCUUGACCUGGGACAGUAAAACCGGACUUACUCAAUUGUGGGUGAACGGAAAGCGCAGUAUAAGGGUGAAGCUCUACUUAGAACCUAUUGCAACUGCAACUCCUAUCAUAAUCCUUGGCCAAGAUCAGGACAAUUAUGGUGGGGGCUUUGAUGCAAAACAGUGUUUGGUUGGAGAGUUUACAGACGUACACAUGUGGAAUUAUGUUCUUAAUCCUUGUGAAAUCCAGACCUACAUGAAUAGAUUUGCAUUUACACUAGGGAAUGUUCUGAAUUGGAAGGCACUAAAUUUCAAAGUGAAAGCUGAAGUUCUUGUUGAACCAAAUCAAUCAGGUGGGCUUGUACCCCCUGAGGUGUAUGAAAAUGGGCUGGAUGACAAGCUGGAGAGGCACCUGUCUCCUCAUCUCCGCACUCUGGUCGGCCUGGUAUGGCCCCUUCCUCUCUGUCUUUCCAUGUAA